AAAACAAAUUAUCCACCAAUCACCUAAUUUCCCCCUGCAAGUUUUCCCAUCUUUUUUUCUCAGUUCCCAAACAGAGGGGAAAAAGAAGAAGAAAAGAAAAAUAGUGAGGAAUUCUUUAAUUUCUACCAUUUCUAAUCUCGCAAAGUUUGAGGGAAAGAACCGAAAGAGAACGAAUAUACAAAAUCUUUCAACUUUACAAUUGAAAGAAUAUAAAGACGCUGAUUUUUCAUCACUUGUGUCAUUUCUGCUUUAGUUUUUACUUUCUCUGAAGAAACUGCGCCUUUCUCAAACAUUUCUUCUCUUCUUUGAUCAGUAUUUGAAUAGAAAGUCAAUGAGAGUUCUUGAAACGCUUGUCAAGAAUAAAGAUGGAUUUUGCUUGUAGUUUUAAGCGUUCUACUAGCUUUCACGGUAGUGAAGGUACUAGUUAUAGGAUACUGGAUCCCUUAUGCCAUAGGUUUAGAUGCAAAAAUUUAGGUUACAAUGUUUUUGAUUCCAAGAUUGGAUUGAAAACUCGGUCCUUGAAUAAAACGAGGAAAUGUCUGGUGUAUAGUGGCUGUUUAAGUUCAAAUUUGGUUUUCAGAGGGAAAUUUGAUAGUCAUUUGUGCUGUGCGUAUUCAAGUACAUCGUUUUAUGGUUUACGUGAUGUCUUGAAAGUAAGAGGAGUUAGGUCGCGUCGUCAAGGUAAUGAUUCUUUGGCAUUUUCCGUUGGGAAGGGUGAGAAUGUGGAGUUUGUGGAGAAUAAUGAUGAGAACUCGAGUGGUACUGUCUCAAAUGGUUUGGGAGAAGAAGAAAGAAAUGAAAGUAAUGAAGUGGAAACACCAACUGUGGAUGAGUUGAGGGAAUUGUUGCAGAAGGCAAUGAGGAAAUUGGAAGUGGCACGUCUUAAUAGUAGAAUGUUUGAGGAAAAGGCUCAGAGAAUAUCAGAAGCUGCGAUAGCCUUGAAGGACGAAGCAGCUCAUGCUCGGAUUGAUGUUAAUAGAAGGCUUGAUAUGAUUCAAGAUAUUUUGAAUGAAGAGCGUGUUGCUAAAGAGGCUGUUCUAGAAGCAACAAUGGCACUAUCUUUAACCAAGGCAAGGCAUCAGGUGGCAGUAGAGUCUCAGAAAGAGGGAAAUGAUUUCCCAGAAAGAUCUUGGGAAAUUGAUGUGGAAAUUGAUGUUAGGGAAGAUAAUGGACCACUAUUGGCUGCACAAGAUGAGAUUAUAAAAUGCCAGGAGACGCUCGAGAAUUGUGAAGCAGAGUUAUCGCACUUGCGGAGUAAAAAAUAUGAGUUGCACAAUGAAGCACAUCGAUUGGAUGAGGUUGCAGAGAAAGCAGAGAUGGAUGCCUUUAAAGCUGAGGAAGAUGUGGCCCAUAUCAUGCUUUUAGCAGAGCAAGCUGUUGCUUUUGAGUUGGAGGCUACACAGUGUAUGCAUGAUGCUGAGAUGGCCCUACAAAAAGCCGAAAAAUCUCUUUCUACUUCAACUGGUGAAGCUGUCCAUGGGAAGGUUUUGGGUAAAGAGGCUGUUGUCGAGGAGGGAGAGAUCACUCAAGGGGCCUCUGAUGCUGUUACUGUUGAAAGAGAAAAGGAUGGUACGGUAGUUGUUGAACUUGAACCUAAGGAAGACAUCUUAUCAGAGAAGGCGAGAAAAAGUUCUGAAGAUCUCGAACUAGUUGAUGAGGAGAGUGAUCGUGAGAAUGGAAUGCUGGGUUUAUUAUCUCUUAAAGAAGCUGAAAUUGAAGCAGAGAAGUCAAAAAAUGUUCAACCAAAUAAGCCUGAAACUCCAAAGGAUCUGACAAGGGAGAGUUCACCUACUAGUACCCCAAAGUCAUUGUUGAAUAAAUCUUCCCGUUUCUUCUCUGCGUCAUUCUUUUCCUUCAGCAUUGAUGGGACAGAAUUCACACCAGCAUCAGCUGCCCAGGAUCUUGUGGAGUCUGCAAGGAAACAAAUCCCUAAGCUGGUUGUAGGAAUACUGCUCUUUGGAGCCGGGGCUGCCUUCUAUGCUAAUCGGGCAGAGAGGAAUUCUCAUCUGCUGCAGCAGCCAGAUGUCAUUGCCACUAGUAUAGAAGAAGUUUCCGCAAAUGCAAAGCCUCUGAUCCGACAAAUACAGAAAAUUCCCAAAAGACUCAAGAAACUAGUUGCUACGUUUCCUCAUCAAGAGAUGAACGAGGAGGAGGCCUCCCUCCUUGAUGUUUUGUGGUUACUGCUUGCAAGUGUAAUUUUUGUGCCUGUCUUUCAGAAACUUCCUGGAGGCAGCCCCGUUCUUGGAUAUUUGGCUGCUGGCAUCUUGAUUGGACCUUAUGGUCUAUCGAUAAUCCGUCAUGUACAUGGAACCAAAGCAAUUGCUGAAUUUGGAGUUGUUUUCUUGCUAUUCAAUAUUGGCCUUGAGCUAUCUGUUGAAAGGUUAAGUUCCAUGAAGAAAUAUGUUUUUGGACUAGGCACUGCCCAGGUCUUGGUGACAGCAGUUGCAGUUGGUCUAGUUGCUCAUUUUGUUGCUGGGCAUCCCGGUCCAGCUGCGAUAGUGAUUGGCAAUGGCCUGGCAUUGUCUUCAACUGCUGUUGUCCUGCAGGUAUUACAGGAGCGAGGUGAGAGUACAUCACGCCAUGGACGCGCAACAUUUUCUGUCUUACUCUUCCAGGACUUGGCUGUUGUUGUUUUGCUUAUACUCAUACCUCUUAUCUCGCCAAAUUCAUCAAAAGGAGGGGUUGGUUUUGGAGCCAUUGCAGAAGCUCUUGGAGUAGCUGCUGUUAAGGCUGCAGUUGCCAUCACUGCAAUUAUUGCUGGUGGAAGAUUGCUGCUUCGGCCAAUUUAUAAGCAAAUAGCAGAAAAUAAAAAUGCAGAAAUAUUCUCUGCCAAUACCCUCCUUGUUAUUUUAGGGACAAGUGUCCUAACUGCAAGGGCUGGACUUUCCAUGGCAUUGGGAGCAUUUCUAGCUGGGUUGCUUCUUGCAGAGACUGAAUUCGCUUUGCAGGUUGAAUCAGAUAUUGCUCCAUAUCGAGGCCUCUUAUUGGGUCUCUUUUUCAUGACGGUUGGCAUGUCCAUUGACCCGAAACUUCUUCUUUCAAAUUUUCCUGUCAUUGCGGGGGCAUUGGGACUCUUAAUUGGUGGCAAGACUAUAUUGGUGGCACUUGUUGGUAAACUUUGUGGUAUUUCAAUCAUAUCUGCCAUAAGGGUUGGUCUUCUUCUUGCACCAGGUGGAGAAUUUGCAUUUGUGGCUUUUGGUGAAGCUGUUAAUCAGGGUAUAAUGUCUUCUCAGCUAUCCUCAUUGUUGUUCCUUGUUGUGGGGAUCUCAAUGGCCCUCACACCAUGGCUUGCUGCUGGAGGCCAGUUAAUUGCUUCUCGUUUUGAGCUUGUUGAUGUUCGAAGUUUAUUGCCUGUUGAGAGUGAGACUGAUGAUUUGCAUGAUCAUAUUAUCAUUUGUGGCUUUGGACGUGUUGGGCAGAUCAUAGCUCAGCUUCUUUCAGAACGCCUAAUUCCAUUUGUUGCUCUUGACGUAAGGAGUGAUCGGGUGGCUAUGGGGCGUGCACUGGAUCUUCCCGUUUAUUUCGGAGAUUCCGGUAGUCCAGAGGUGCUUCAUAAUGUUGGUGCUGAAAGAGCAUGUGCUGCAGCAAUAACCUUGGAUUCUCCUGGUGGCAAUUAUAGAACUGUUUGGGCUCUGAGCAAGCAUUUCCCUAAUGUGAAGACUUUCGUCCGUGCUCACGAUGUUGAUCAUGGCCUUAAUUUAGAAAAGGCUGGUGCUACGGCUGUUGUACCGGAGACCGUGGAACCAAGUCUGCAGUUGGCAGCCGCUGUUCUUUCACAGGCUAAAAUUCCCUCAUCGGAGAUUGCGGCAACGAUCAACGAAUUUAGAUCCCGCCAUCUUAGGGAGCUAACAGAGCUGUACCAAGAUGAUGGAAUUCCUCUUAACUAUGGAUUUGGAGUCAUGAGUAAAUCCAAAGCUCAGCAAUCAGAUUCUUCGGAUGAUAACAAUGUCACCCUUGGCAACAUUAAAGAUUCUCAAGAGUAAAAAGGGGGAAAAAAACGUAUAGAAGAUUACUUGCCCCCAUUGUUGUAAAGUGUAAAAAGGGGAGAAGGGAAGGAAAUGACAAAACUUUUGAGAUUGACUACAACUUUUCAAAGUGAUUGAUUCCUUUGAGUGCAUUUAAAAAUGUGUUUUUCAUUAAAUACAUAUGUAUAGAGAAAACACAAGUAAAUAUACAUUCAUUGUUAUUUUUCCCAAAA